GGAAGCAGCCGCCACAGCCGUGAGAGUAGCUGCCACUGUAACUGACAGGUCUUAAAUUCACCCCUGCAGGGCUCCGGGGCUGUGGGAUGCCUCCUUACUUCUCUGCCAGGCUCUGGCAAUUGAACGUCUCUUUGGAGACCAGGGAACGAGGCAGAAGUUGAAGGUUUCUGUUGGUUUUUAUAUUGCGGAAUGGCUCGUUCUUUAGUUGGCUUUUAAAAAGAUCUGGUAGAAGAGAGGGAAAGACGGCUGGCCUCAUAGUGGAACCCUGUUCUUUCCUCUGAAGUUACAGCUGCUGUGAGCCCGUCUCCCUCAGACAUGGCAACAAGCGGCUUUCACUUCGUACCAUGUGACACCAAACGGGCGUCCAGACAGCUUGGAGCAUCUGCUGUGGGCAGUUCAUCAGCCAAGGUGGAUCUCAAGAGUGGUCUGGAAGAGUGUGCGGAGGCAUUGAACUUAUUUCUAAGUAACAAAUUUAAAGAUGCCUUAGAGUUGCUUCGUCCAUGGGCCAAGGAGAGCAUGUACCAUGCCUUGGGAUACAGUACCAUUGUGGUGUUGCAGGCUAUCAUGACCUUUGAGCAACAGGACAUCCAGAAUGGCAUUUCUGCCAUGAAGGACGCUUUGCAAACCUGCCAAAAAUACAGGAAGAAGUGCACAGUUGUGGAGUCUUUCUCAAGUCUCCUGUCUCGUGGGUCGUUGGAGCAGCUGAGUGAAGAGGAAAUGCAUGCUGAAAUCUGUUAUGCCGAGUGUCUCCUACAGAAAGCAGCACUCACAUUUGUACAGGAUGAAAAUAUGAUCAACUUCAUCAAAGGUGGACUCAAAAUUAGAACAAGUUACCAAAUAUAUAAAGAGUGCCUUUCCAUCCUGCAUGUGAUUCAAAAGAACAAACAAGAACAGCACUUCUUCUAUGAGUUUGAAGGAGGUGUCAAGCUCGGAACAGGGGCCUUUAACUUGAUGCUGUCUCUUUUACCAGCAAGAAUUAUCAGAUUGCUAGAAUUUAUUGGAUUUUCUGGAAACAGGGACCUGGGCCUUCUGCAGCUACGGGAAGGGGCGUCAGGAAGCAGCAUGCGGUCCCCUCUCUGUUGCCUUACCAUCCUGGCUUUUCAUACCUACAUCUCCCUUAUUCUUGGUACAGGAGAAGUGAACGUUGUGGAAGCGGAGAGCCUCCUCGCACCCUUCCUUCAACAGUUCCCAGACGGCUCGCUCAUACUGUUCUACCAUGCCCGAAUCGAGCUGCUGAAGGGCAAUGCUGAGAAGGCUCAAGAAACGUUUCGAAAAUGCAUUUCAGUUCAAGAAGAGUGGAAACAGUUUCACCAUCUCUGUUACUGGGAGUUGAUGUGGAUUUAUAUAUACCAACAAAAUUGGAUGCAGGCGUAUUAUUAUUCAGACCUACUUUGCAAAGAGAGUAAAUGGUCCAAGGCAACAUAUGUGUUCUUGAAAGCUGCCAUUUUGAGCAUGCUUCCAGAGGAGGAUGUGGCGACAACUAAUGAGAAUGUGGUGGCUCUGUUCAGACAGGUAGAUGGCUUGAAGCAGAGGAUCGCGGGGAAAUCUCUUCCAACUGAGAAGUUCGCCGUAAGGAAGGCUCGUCGGUACUCACCCUCCUCAGGUGCCCCAGGAAAGCUCGUCUUGCCCGCCCUGGAGAUGAUGUACGUCUGGAAUGGCUUUUCAAUAGUGAGCAAAAGAAAGGACCUUUCUGAAAACCUCUUGGUGACUGUGGAGAAGGCUGAGGCAGCUUUGCAGAAUCAGAACUUCUCUGACUCCGUGGAUGAUGAGUGCUUAGUGAAACUGCUAAAAGGAUGCUGCCUCAAGAACUUACAGCGGCCCUUGCAAGCCGAGCUGUGUUUCAACCACGUUUUGGAAAGUGAAAAGCUACUGAAGUAUGACCACUACCUGGUGCCAUUCACUCUGUUUGAGUUGGCAUUUUUGUAUAAAAGCCAAGGGGAAAUUGACAAGGCCAUAAAGGCCCUAGAAACUGCAAGAAACAACUACAAAGAUUACUCCUUGGAGUCCAGACUACAUUUCAGAAUUCAAGCAGCCCUUCAUCUCUGGAGAAAGCCGUCUUCAGAUUGAUUGGAUUGAUGGGAAAGCACAGGCUGGCAUCCCCCCAGUUAACACAGACUCUUGCUGUGGAGAUCAGUCAAGGUGGAGCCGUGAUCCAUGAUCCUUUGACUAAGAAAGGAAACUCUGUUGACAGGUGCUUCCUGUCACCUGAGUGGCUUAGUGGUGGUCUACCUAUUUUCCCCAAUGGAAUGACAUUCAAUAUUGUAUAGAAAUUCUUAUUAUACUCUGCCUUUAAAAAGAAUUUCACAUUAGAUUUCAAUUGAGGGACAAAGUCUUUUAAAAGACUGGCAGGUACAAUAAAGUCUAGUUAGAUUAUUUAUUUUUUUAAUGUGAAAAUUAAUAUUGUUCAAGUAGCAAAUGGCUUUAUAAGUGGAGCCAUUUUUAGAUUGGCUUGUCCUUUAAACUUAAGAGAUAUUUUAUUGCUUAGGAUUUAAAUCUCAGAGCAGAAAUAAAUAUCACAUCUAAGAUAAUAUAACAAUGGGUUUCUGAAGGUUCUGGAAGAGAGAAGCAGAGGCUGAGGGAAGAAGAUGAUACAGUUGUAAGUUCUCGGCUUUCUGCUUUCUCACUGGUUGAUAUGAUAGCAUUUCUCAGAAACUAUCCUGUAUUUGAAUGUACCCAUAUCUGAUCCAGUAAUAGCGUUCAGCCAUGUAGACACAUUUCUUAUGUAUCUAUGGGAAGAAAAAGCUGUAUUUUAGAACUCCCUAACCUUAGUGCUGAAGCCGGAAAUAUAGACUAUGACUACUUUUCUUACAGGAAGAAAAAAUCCCUGUUGCUUUAAAUGAUAUGUAAAAUAUCAGUCAUUUUUAUACUAGGAUGUGGCUGGGCCAGCGCUGGUAGGUUUUGUUUUGUUUUUUAAACGUCUGGGCUGUAUUUUGGUUCUCUGAGUAGGAACCAGAGCUAGAGCAUGGAGCUAGAAGAGCCAGGCUCUGGCUACUGGUGAGCAAAUGACCUUUCUGGAGUCCCUACACCUGUCAAUCACUGUAUCUUCCUCACUUGUGAAAUAGAAAAAGGACAGAUGACUUUAAUGUUCCUUCGAGUUUUACAACCAUGAAUCUGUGUAUUAGGUAUUUUCAACAAUGUUUAGUAUUUAAUCCACAUUCUUCCCAUCUGAAAUGUUUCAUAGUGUUUUUUCGAUCCCCCUCCUCCUAAUCCACCACCAACAGUAGUUGUUACAGCUAUGGGCCAGAUUCCAUCCAGUGAGGAAAAGCAAACAGUUCCUGAGACUAUGGUUUUUACCCCGUUUACUUAUCUGGAUGGUAGGUAGCUCCACCUUCCCUAGGCGGAGCCCCGAGUUUGUAGUUAGGAGUCCCUCUCUGUUGGGGAUUAGUUAACAAUAUGAGCAAAUUACUUACCUUUUCUAGGUCUUGGAUUUUCCAGUAGGAAUGGCAAGGCAGCACUCCGUGCUCUGAGGCCUCAGUCAGGUGGUGCCUUUGGUAGCCUUCUGUGCAUCGGGGAGUGAGCCGGAUAGUGACAGCUUUGUGUAUGAGUGCAGCACCUGUAAAGAAGCAGCUUGGUCUCUAGGUAACAGGAAAUGAGUGUGGGCAGUCAGAAACCUCACGCUCAUGCAUCUAGCACUGACAGUGGCCUAGAUGAUGGAGGUGCACCUGCUGUCCCUGCUGCACUUCCCCAUGCUCAGCAGGCAUGGGUGUCCUGUUACUUAAGGAAUCAUUUCUUGACCAACGUUGAGGAAGUUCCCUGAAGAAGAUGAUUAAUACACUUGGAGUCAGAGGACCAUCCCUUCAGAUAACAUGGGGGCAGAUAUCAUAUCACAUUAGUAUGAAUUAUACAGCUAGCUACAGAUAAAAGGGGAAAUAAAUUGUUAUGAUAUUGUAGAAAUAUGUUCGAUAAUUAUAUAUAUAUAUAUAUAUAUAUAAUUUUGAAGAAGAGUUUAUAAAUUCUUUAGAAGAGCUUUAAUAACAUUAUUUUUAAAACAUAUAUAUAUUCAUAUUAUUAAAGAAUAUAG